AUGUCCACGCCAGACCAGAGCCACUAUGAACUUGGUCGUUCUUAUGUGCUGGUGAACCACAGAGCGUUCCUUUCGGCUCAUUCGCCGGUGGUUUUGUCUGGAGACGAGGUUCAUAGACAAACUGCCGACUUGGCGUCUAUAGGUGUGGUGGGAGAUGACCAGGACGAUGGGGAAGUGUUUCUGGACGAGUACGUUUCUGAACAUCAACCUAUUCCUAUUGAGGGAGGUUCUCAUAGCUUGAAGGAGCCGAUUUGGGAAAGUGAAGAUAGGUCGAGUGGCCAUGUUUCAGGUGACCUGGCUCAUGGUGAUGUCGAUAGCACUACUCCAUUGGCUGAUAAGCAGAAGAAGUUUUAUGUGGAUAACGAUUCGCCUGGUGAAACUGGGCCUGUUUAUGCAUCUAUGGGGCCUGACGCUAAUUGGGCUGGACGCCUCGAACAAGGACCUUUGGAUGGUGGUUCUCUAAGAAAUAAGACUCCGUUGCGGAAACACUUGCUACGGCCCGUUCAGUACCUUCCAGCGGUGUUCUUGGGCGUGCUUUUGAACGUUUUGGAUGGCCUUUCUUACGGUAUGAUCAUGUUUCCUAUUGGUGAAGCGUUGUUUGCCGAUAUGGCGCCUGCUGGACUUUCGAUGUUCUAUAUUUCGACCAUUGUAUCCCAGUUGGUUUAUUCCCUCGGUGGAUCAGCCUUUAAAGCUGGUAUUGGCUCAGAAAUGAUUGAAGUCACGCCGUUUUUUCAUGCCAUGGCGUUUUCUAUCCAGGCAGAUAUGAAGAGCAGCUCCCCUGACAUAGGCCACGAUGCUAUCAUUGCAACUACAUUCGUAUCGUUUGCUGUUUCUGCUGUCGUCACUGGUGUCGUCUUUUUCUUGCUUGGAAAACUUCGUCUUGGCCUGCUUGUGGGUUUCUUUCCUAGACACAUCUUGGUUGGCUGUAUUGGUGGUGUGGGUUAUUUCCUUAUCGUCACCGGUAUCGAAGUGUCUUCAAGAAUAGAGGGCGGUAUUCGCUACAAUUGGGAGACGGCAACUUUGCUUUUUGGCAAUUACAUCACCCUCAUGCAGUGGUUGCUUCCCGUGGCUCUUACUGUCAUUCUUAUAUUCCUCCACAAACGCAUCCACCAUUCGCUUCUUGUUCCAGUAUUCUUUAUUGUUGUGUUUGUUUUAUUCCAUAUUGUCGUGGCCGCCGUUACCAGGUGGGAUCUCGACAAGGCCAGAAAGUACGGAUGGGUUUUUCCAGCUGUUGUUAAUCAUGACCCUUGGUACGCCCAUUAUCUGUACUUGAGGCCUUCACUUAUUGACUGGAUGGCCAUUACCAAACAGUUCCCCAAGAUGUUGGCGCUUACCUUUUUUGGUAUUUUGCAUGUUCCUAUUAAUGUGCCAGCGCUUGCGGUGACCGUUGGCAUGGACCAAUUUGACGUUGAUCGUGAAUUGGUUGCCCAUGGAUUCUCCAAUGCCAUCUCUGGGCUUAUUGGCUCUGUUCAGAACUAUCUUGUAUAUACCAACUCAGUUCUUUUCAUUAGAGCUGGUGCAGAUGACAGACUUGCUGGAAUUCUUUUGGCGGUGGCUACUGCUUGUGUGAUGAUGGUUGGUCCUGUUGUUAUUGGCUACAUUCCUGUUUGCGUGGUUGGCUCUCUUAUUUUCCUUUUGGGCUAUGAGCUUUUGAAGGAAGCCAUUUAUGAUACAUGGGGACGUCUUCGCAAGAUCGAAUACACCACCAUUAUCAUUAUUGUGGUUGUCAUGGGUGCCUGGGACUUUGUUUCUGGUAUUUUGGUGGGUAUCUUGCUUGCCUGUUUGCUUUUUGUCAUUGAAGCUGCCAGAAGACCGGUUGUGAGGGGUAUUUAUACCGGUGUUGUGGCUCGUUCUACUGUUUUAAGACACCCAAAGCAGCAGGAGUUCUUGAAAGAUGUGGGAAACCAGAUUUGCGUUGUGAAACUUCAAGGAACGUUGUUCUUUGGAUCCAUUGGAGGAGUUGAGAAGACCAUCAGAGCUAGGUUUGAAAACGGCAAGUUCAGCUUGAAUCCAAUCAAAUUUCUCAUCAUCGAUAUGAAUGGUGUUGAUUCUAUUGAUUUCUCUGCUGCUGAAGGUUUCAGAAGAAUUCUUAAUUUGACCCGAGAGUUCCAGACUCAGCUUAUCAUUUCAUCGGUUGAAGAAAAUGACGAUAGCGUUAUUGCUUUGAGAGAUGCUGGCCUUUGGGAUAAGCUCAAGUCGUCGUCUCUGACUCUCCAAGUGCAAAUGUUUAGCAGUUUGAACUACGCUCUUGAAUGGUGUGAGAACUCGUUCUUGAAGACAUACACUAAUCUUCAAGGUGUUGCCCUGAAUGCAUCCCAAAGGAUGUCCUUGAGAGGCGUUCCCUCUUCGAACAAUCCAGACAAACGUCAUCACAGUAUGAGCAAGCUGGUUAUGCAAAACUACCCCCUCAACUUUGGAACUCCAAGGACAAAGCAAAUUUACCAAGCAGCUACAAGAACCGCCAAUGACGAGCAAAAGAUCCAAAGCAGGUACUAUACAUCAUCAGACUCUUCAUUCAAGAAACAGCCAUUGCCGCUUAUCAUGAUCACAUUUGGUGAGCUUUCGCCCAAGGAUGAGAAGUUCUGGUCGAAGUUGGCACCAUUCUUUACAAAAGAGUCAAUUCCAGCCGAUAUGUGCUUUUACGAUACCAACUGCAAACGUCCAUCGUUCUUCCUUCUUGAGUCUGGUCUUGUAAGGCAGAUUUGCAAGUUUGAAAGUGAUGACAGAGAAUUGCAUUCUAGCAUUUUACCCAACACGGCAUUUGGCGAUCUACUUGAACUCAGUCAGUACAGACAAGUGACUUACACUACGGUUGUGGAGACAGUUGCCUGGCGGUUGAGUGAAAAGAAGAUCAAAGAGUUGGUCAAGACCAACGAAGGACAAAUCGUGUACAGCGAGCUCUUACACGUACAAACGAAGCUUUCGAAGGAGAGAUUUGACUCCUUGACGGCUAAUCUCGUGCUUUCAGCGUAA